UCGUUCAGUUGAUCGGUUUCCAUCGAUAUAUACUCAUCAUCAUCCAAUCUCAAAAUUAAGAAACAGAAAGGCUUACUAUUUCCUCGGCAGUCGGCCCCGACCAACCAACAACCAACAAACAUCGGAGAGCCGGAGAGUAGUCAAGCCGGCCGCGUCGUCGCGUGGUCGUCGAUCGAUCGAGUGAGGAGUGAUCGGCGCCUCUCUUCUGUCGUCAUGGGGAGGGAGGCGUCCUCGCCACCGUGGGCGGCGGCGACGGCGGCGAAUGGAGUGGCCGGCUCAUCGUCGUCCGGACAGAAGAGGAAGGCCGCCGUGGACGACGACGGCCGCGGGGAGGACGACAACUGGCUGAAACUGUCGCUUGCUCCGGUGGACUACGGGGAUCCCACGGGCGACGUCGUCGACAACAACUCCUCCUCUUGCGCUCCGGCAGUGAUGACGUCGACGGAGGAGCGGUCGGGGACGGCCGCCGGUGUGGCCUCCGGAUCGGCGCGCGCCGGUUUGAUCCCCAACGGUGCAGUCCCGAUAUUCCCAUGCUUCAAUUUCCUUGGAACUUCAACGUCAUCAUCAAGCCUAUCGCACCUCCAUCAACAAUCUUCCUCGACUCGACGUCAAAGCAACGCGUCCACAUCAAGCUCUAGCGGCGGCAUCGGCGGUGGUGACGACGAUGAGGCACCGAACGUCAUGAACGGCGGCGACAAGAACGAUGGUAAUGCUCUUCCGGAUCCACCGUAUCCUUGGGCUACCAAUGAAGUGGCCAAACACCACUCCCUCGUCGAGCUCGCUCGUCGCGACAUCAUCAACAUCAAUGGCGAAGCUCGGUGCAGGCGCUGCGACACUCGCAAGAUGAUUGUCUACAACAUUGCCACCAAGUUUCGAGAGGUGUCCGACUACUUCCGCCAGAACUACCAGCAUAUGAAUGACCGUGCGCAGGCGCGGUGGAUGAAUCCCGUCGUGCCGAACUGCGAUAGUUGUGGCCAUGAGAGAUGCAUGCGUCCGGUGAUUGCCGCUGAGAAGGAACGUAUCAACUGGUUGUUCCUACUGCUCGGAGAGACACUGGGUUUGUGCACGCUUGAUCAGCUCAAGUAUUUCUGUGCGCACACCAACCGGCAUCGCACCGGCGCCAAGGAUAGGGUGCUCUUCUCAACCUACGAAGAGCUAUGCAACCAACUUGCUCCUGGGCUAAUCACGGGGCAUGAUCAGUUGGGGAUGCGUUAGCUAUUAAUUUUUUCGGUUGUUAAUUUAGACUUUAAAGAUGCAACCAUGCCGUGGUUGUUAUAUUAGGUUCAUCUAGAGUCUCUAUCUUUUAGUCUCGUCUCUAUAAGUAUUUCACGAUAUAUUAUUUCUCUAUAUUAUUUGUAAGUUGUGCAA